GAAGCGGUUUCUGCUCAGAGCCGCCCGUCUGCGCUGCCUUUGGGGUGGUGACUAUUUUCUGUAGGGCGCCUCCCCAGUCCUUAGCCGCAGGUGGCUGGCUUCUUCGGUCUAACUGUGCGGUGCUAGCGUUCCCUCACAAACGCGCGGACUCUUAAGGCGGCGGGAGCUGGAUCUUUACGACCGCGCGCUCGGUCUUCGCCGGGUGAGGCGGCCAUGGGGCAGCCGCCUGUCUUGCUGUUGCUGCUGGGCUGGAGCGCGAUGCUGCUCUCCCCGCUGCUCUCCCUUUCCUCGACGCAAAAUGGACCUUUCUCCAAGAAUGAUAGCCUAGGACCAAGAUCCUUUCCACUUUCAGUACAAGAUGAAUAUGAAAAAAUCCCAUUAGAAGAUAUUGAUGCUGAAAAUGAUUCAGAACUUGGAUCAGGAUCUGUCAAUCAAAGUAGAAUAAUUGGAGCAACACGAAUACGCUCAGCUUAUCAGAUCUCCACAGACACUGAGCAAUACUUGACUAGUGGAUGGCUGACCCUUUUUGUUCCAUCAGUCUACACCCUAGUUGUCACAUUGAGUCUUCCUCUGAACAUUAUGGCAAUUCUUGUGUUCCUGAUAAAAAUGAAGGUGAAAAAGCCAGCUCUAGUCUACAUGCUCAACCUGGCUUCUGCUGAUGUACUCUUUGUGAGUGUGCUUCCUUUUAAGAUUGUAUACCAUUUUUCUGGAAACAACUGGGCAUUUGGACCUGAAAUGUGUCGUUUUGUCACUGCCACCUUCUACUGCAACAUGUACUGCUCCAUCCUGCUGGUGAUGGUGAUAAGCAUUGAUCGUUUCCUGGCAGUGGUGUACCCAAUGCAGUCUUUGUUGUGGCGCACACUGAGACGUGCUUCUGUAAUAUGUGUUGCCAUCUGGAUUGUAGCCAUAGCUGGAGUGAUACCUCUGCUUAUCAAUGAGCAAACACAAAUAAUACCUCAGUUAAAUAUUACAACUUGUCAUGAUGUGUUAAAGAAAGAUGAUCUUGAAGGAUAUUACCUUAUUUUUUUCACCAUUUUCUCUUCAUUUUUCUUUUUUGUGCCAUUAAUUGUUUCUGCUGUUUGCUAUGUGUGUAUCAUCUGGUGUCUUAGCUCUUCAAAUGUUGCUGCAAAGCAGAGUAAGAAGAUGCGGGCUUUACUCCUGUCUGUGGCUGUUUUCUCCAUUUUUAUUAUGUGUUUUGGUCCAACAAAUGUUCUUUUGUUAAUUCAUUACAUCAAUCUUUCUUACAAAAGCUACUUGGGGAAUAUCUACUUUGCCUAUCUCCUCUGUGUCUGUAUUAGCAGUAUAAGUUGCUGCAUUGAUCCUUUGAUCUAUUAUUACACCUCUUCUGAAUGUCAGCGACACCUUAGCAAUCUCUUCUGCUGCAAGAAGACUUCUGAAUCUUGCACUAGUAGUACUAGUGGCCAGCUAAUGACAAGGACCAGUCGAAGGGGAACUUGCACCAGUACACUUGGGAACAGUGUCUCCCGGAAGCUAUUAACAUAGGGUUGUAUCCAAAGUAGACCCAUUGAAAUUAACGGACCUAAGUUAGUCAUGUUAAUUCAUUUCAGUAGGUCUACUCUGAGUAUAACUAACAUUGGAUACAACCCAUAAUAUUUUAUGGGGAAAUGUACAUUUUGUGCACUUAUGGUUUAUAUAGCUAUUUUUAAGGUUUUAUACUUAAGAAUUGUCAUAUGUACACAUUUUCCACAUGAUUAGUAUAUUUUAUUAACAGAAUGUGUGCCAUUAUAAAAGAUAAGGGAGUACAAGGACCCUGAGAAGGGUUGAAACAGUGUUUCUGUGUGAAAUCUGUACCCAAAUCUCACUGUAUAACUCUGAUCCCUCUGAAAUAUUAUAACUAGGUCACUUAAGGUUAAUUACAUUGGUAACCAUCAACAUCUAAUAUCUGCCUCUAAUCAUGUUUCAUUAAUACAGAAAGCAUGCAAACUCCUGUACAGCCUUUAAAUUGUUAAGCUGUGGUCGCCACAUUAAAAUAGUCCUCUGGGUUAGAUCACUGUUUCCAUUUACAAAUGGGCUAUGGAUGCUUAGAGAUACUGGUUUUAUUCAAGGCUGUCUACUGACUUCAUGACUAAAGAGAUUUGAGCAAAAUUUCCAGUGUUCAGUUGGUUUCAUGAAGAUGGUGACGCUGAAGGUAGUGUCAUGGCCCCGUCAGAGGACUCAUCAGACGAGGAUGACUUGGGAGUAACAGCAGCAGACCCAGAAGGAGAAAUGGAGGAAACUCCUGAGAACCCAGCUCCUUCUCCCCCUCAGCUGCAGAGCACCCCAGACACAGCUGAAGCCCUUCAGCCAGACGCAGAGAGUGAACAGGAUACUCCCCUCUCACCUGCAGAACGUAGACAACAGAAGGUCAGGCAGAAGAGGGGCAGGCCUGUCCACUUAAGGCCAAAACGCUGAUGGCUCACACCUGCUGACAAACCUGCUCCUUAAAAGUCAAACCUUGGCUUCAGCUUGUUGCUGACUACAACGUCAGGCGUGACCACUGCGUGUCUUCCUAUCCCCUGAACCUUGACUUGGACUGAUCUCUCAGCAAACUAGACCCCGACCUUCACUGACGUCUCUUCUGGAUUUCUGGCUUGGCACGUAAGCUUUGAACGGCCUCUGCCCUUAUCUUGCUUCCUCCUUGCUAGCCUGGCAGAUUUAUAGCCAAGCACGGCCUGGCAAUUACCAAGGAAUCUCCAGCCCUGCCUGCACCCCUACCGACACUGCUGUCUCAGUGAAGAGCUGACAGGUAGUGUCCUCUGACCCCUGCAGUUUGUUUUAAAUCUCUUAUUCUAUCUCAGCUUUUCCCCCUUUUCUUUAAUACCUUUGUUUUUAGCAUUAUUGCAAACCCCUUAGAAACAGGGGAGUUAAAAGAGUUUGUUUUUAAAGCCUUUAGCUAUUAUGACUGUAUUAUCAGUUCAGCCAGCACAGAUGUGAGGGAGUUUCCUGGCACUGUUGGUGGGCUUAAAAUCAAACAAACUCAGUAAAAUACAACUGGGUGAAAACAGUUUCCGAGGUUAAGGAAAUUGUUGAAUUAAAGGAACUGAGCUCAGACACAAAAGAACACAAAAGAAAUCAAAGUGAAGCACACUGGUGGAACAAGUCAGUAAAAGACAAAUAUCAGUUUGCCUACCAGUGAGUUGGCCGGAAAAGAACUUGGGGUGGCUGAAAGCACUUGAAAGAACUGUGAUUACAGCUGCAACAUGGUAAAUAAGAGAAAGUUUUGUGGUGAUGUACAUGAAUUUUUUUCUCCUUCAAGGAAGCAGAGCAGAAUAGAAGAUUACUGCCAAGUUUCAGUAAUAGUUUAUUGUUUAUAGCCGAUGGCCAUUAUAAUAUAAUAAAAUGUGUAUACAUCAUUUGAGACACAUUAGGAUUCAAUCCAAUAAUAGAUAGGUAAAACCCUAGGCUUUCAAAAGCUAAUUAAAAUAAUUAUAAGAUAAAAUUUGCUUCAUUUAUUUAUUUAUUUGAGUUAGAAGUGUACUCAAGUGGUCCCCCCUUUACUGAUGGGGCUAGUGUGUUUUAAGGAGGUCAUUCUAAUCUUCGCUGCAGCUAACCAGAACAGGGCUACCCUAUAGGUAACAAAUUUGUCUUUGUCUGCCAGCAGCCAUCUUAUCUUAAAUUUGUCUGGCUGGCAUUCUAAUAAGGUCUGAAAGGGAAGGAAGAAUUUGGUCCUUGGUGAGUCGUAUAGGGCACAAUAUAAGAUACAAUGCUCCAUGCCUUUGAUUUGCCCUGAACCACAUAUACACAAACAGUCUUCUAAUGGUUUUUUUGUGUAUCUACCAACCAGAUAUCCAGUGGGCAUCAGUUGAAAUCUGAGUUGGGUAAAAGCCUUUCUUACGGGGGGAAAAGUUAGCUCCUGCGAAUAGGAGGCCCUUUCAUGAUCUAAUUUAAUUUUGCCAAACCAGGUGGCGAAUUUACAGUUUUUUAAAUACUGCCAAGUUCAAUCUACAGCAUUCAAGGACAGCCAGACCCUUCUGCAAAAUCUGUUCCCAUGCUUGAAUUAUGAUACGCCAGUGCCCUCCAACAAUGAUAAGAGGAAGUGAAAACAGCCAAGAUAGGGAAAGAUAUAAGGUCCAAUAGAAAAGACAGUUCUGCAAAAUAAAAAACGCACACAGCACUGUCUGUUGGUAGCUACAACACUGCAGUCUAUCUAUACCACUUUGAAUUCCAUAGACCAGAAAAACACAUUUUUUCUAUGGUAGAGAGCAAGAUAGUAGAAUCUCUCCCUAACUGUAAACUGAUGGAUAUAGAUAAAAAAUUAGAUACAUUUCAAAAAGUACAAUACAAAAGGAAUAAAACACCAUAUAUGGGUAGGACCUUUGGGAGUGGGGAGAAGCAGUAACUAGGUAAUAGUUUGAUUUUGCAAACAGACCAGUUGGUAAUAUUUUAUCCUGGAGAGGUCAUCUCCCUAACUGGAACACAAAACAUAGAAUAGUACAGCAUCUUAACCAAUUACUGGGGCUAACCCCACAUAGAAUAAGAAUCAAAAGAACAGAGAGACUGAAAACACCCAAACCUGAUACAGUUAUUAACAACUUAUGUGCAUGAUAAGGUACCAACGUUGAUAUUUAAGCAAAGAAGUUACAGAGGUAUGGGGUAAUACCCUCCAAAUACUACAAGCACGUGUAAAUUAGACCUUUACAUCGUAAACUAAGGAAACUGAUUUCACAAAGAACACAGAAUGAGAAGUCCUGAUAAGGAUCUGAGUCUAAAAAUUAAGGAGGAAACAGGUUGUAGGUCAGAGCAAAAAGGAACAAGAUACAACUCUUAAGAUGGAUAGUACUCUAGAAUUGGAAGAAGAAAAUUUAAUUCAAUCAUUUCCUGCUUUACCAGUAGAGUCACAAAGUACUAUCAUAGAUAGAUUAAAUAAGCUGAGAGAAACACUUGCAGUUAGACAAAGAGAUGAGAAAGAUGAGAAGAAGCAGCCUCUGCUGAAUGUAGUUACCAUAGAAAAUCAAGAAUCCCACUUAAUGGAAGUACACCCGCAUGUUUUGGAGAAGUAUGAGAUUAUAGUAGAUCAACAUUUUAGGGCAGACACUAAUGAAAAUAAGAGAUUAUUUGCAUUGGUUGAUUCCAUUAUUCCAGGGGAGUGGACAACUACGUGGUAUUUAGAAAAACACGAACAGGCUAAUGUUUUGGAAAAGAUCCACAAAAUUAAAGAAACUAAAUAUGAUAGAUGUAUUUUCCCACCUACUAAUAAUGGAUGUGUGUUUAUAGAUAAAGAAGGGGGAUCUAAACCAAAUAAUGAGAGCUGACUGACUAAAUUGUAUAACAUGGAACUUAGCAGGGUGGAGAGGGAAACCUGUGGAUAGAGAGCUUGAAAUUUUCCUACAGCAAUUCACAGUUAUCUGCAUUCAAGAAACCUGGGCCCAAGAAAAUAGCCCCUCAGAGCAAAAUGGUUUUUCACAUUUUUUCCAUCUAGUAAAAAAAAAAAAGUCACAAAAGACGAGCAAGAAGGGGGCUGACCACCUUCAUUUCAGUGGAAAUAGGAGAGCCCUAUAUAUUACAAGGACAGUAUAACAAAGAUAUUGCUUUGCCAGUAGUAAUGCAAAAUAAAUAUUGGGGAACUUUGGUCUGUGUUAAUGUAUAUUUGCCCCUAGGCAAAACUGUACUGGAAAUAGAGAACAUUUGGAGAGAUCUAACUAAUUUAUUGGAACAUAUAGAUCAGGUACAUCCAGAAGCCAGACUAUUGAUCUUGGGAGAUUUUAAUGCAAGAAUAGGAACCCCAGUGGCAGGUAUGUACCUACCACUGGGAAUCCCUGAGGAGGAAGUUUUCCCUUUUGGUCACACCUUUAGAGAUAAGAAGACCAAUGAACAUGGUAAAAAACGUUUGGAGCUCUUAUAUAGUAACCACCGCUUCUCAUUACAUGGUACCCCCUUGGAUAAAUCAGAAGGUAAUUACACUUUGAACCAAAGAGGUGGUAGUGUAGUUGAUUAUAUUCUAAUUUGCCCUUCACUCCUUGCCUGGAUUUAUUUUAUGAAUGUUUUAGACAGGUCAGAGAGUGACCAUCUGCCUUUGCAAAUUAAAUUGCAGACUAAGAUUAAAACUUACAAAACAAUGAAAUUGCAUGAAGCAGAUAAAGAAGUAAUAGGGGAGAAAAGAAUUAAAUGGACCUCCAAGAUAAGAGAAGCUAUAGACGGAAAGUUACUAGAGCCCCUCAUGCUGGAGCGAUGCCCGGAAAAUCCAAAUGUAUUAAAUCAUACAUACCAUGAAAUAAUAACUGAACUUAGACCCUUGGUAGUAAAGUCAUUAACAUCUAAGACCCUGAACGGUCAGGCACGCAGAUGGUUUGAUGUAGAAUGUAGGCUGGCCAAGAAACAAUUAGCUAAACAUAUAUGAGGUCUUCGUGACAUUCGAAAACACCGGGAGCUAUUGAAGAAUUGAUUAACUUCUGGACUUUUAAUUAAAAAAACUCUUAAAGAAGAAAAAGGAAGAUUUUAAAAGAAAGAUAUGGCAGGAAUUAAGCUUAGUGAAAGAAAAGAGAGAGGAUAAAUGUUGGUAAUUAGUGUAAUUGGUAUGAAGUAAAACACAAAUUCCUGCAGGAAUAUGGGAAUCAGCUACAGUUUUUACCAGAAUGGCAGCCAAUAUCACCCCAAGAAACAGAGUUUCUGAUUGCCAGGCUAAAAACAAAAAAGGUGCUAGGGGAGGAUACAAUACCACCAGAGCUAUAUAAGAAUUUUAUUAAUUGGUGGCUCCUGUUUUAGCCCAGUUCACAGUAAUCAAUAAUACAAGUUCAAUACAAAAAGGAUGGAAUCUAAGCAUUGUAUAUCCUAUUUACAAAAAAGGAGAGAAUUAAAAUUACCAACCUAUUAGUCUUAGAGAUGUGUCAGCUAAAUUGUAUGCAAAUUUUCUUCUUCAAAAAUUAAAAGCAUGGGCCAUAGAAAAUGAUUUCUUUCAUGAGGAACAGGCAUGAUUUAGACAAAGUUAUAGUACUAUUGCCCAAUGUAACAUAUUACGGACUCUUAAUUAAAAAAACCUAAAGAUAUCUCUAAACAUCGUUUUGCUGCCUUUAUAGAUCUAUGGCAGCAUUUUAUACUAUAGAUAGAGCCCAUCUUUGGAUUAAAUUGAAAGGUACAAAUACAGAUAGAUUAUUAAUCCUUAUUAGACAACUGUACAUUGACACACAAAUAAGAUUAAGGUACGGAAUAGAAGGAUCAUUAACAAAUUCAAUUAAGACAAAAAGAGGAGUAAAGCAAGGUUGCAUACUGGCACCUACUCUGUUUAAUGUUUAUGUAAAUGAUGUUGUCCAUAUAUUGGAACAAGGGAACAUCUGUUCACCUGUAAUUUCUGGUAGGAAGGUCCAAAUCCUAAUGUACGCAGAUGACAUAGUGUUACUAUCCCACACUCAGUUAGGUUUGAAGAAAUUACUUAAAAGGUUUAUAGGAUAUUGCAGAGAAGAAAAACUCAGUAUAAAUUUUACAAAAUCCAAAAAAAUGAUAUUUGGUCAUCGCCCAUCAAAAUAUAAUUGGCAAAUAAAUGAAUAUGUAAUCGAACACGUCCAUAUGUGUAAAUACUUGGGUAGCCUCUUUGAAGAAAAUUUAUCAUGGAAAGCACAUAGAGAAUCUAGUGUUAUUAAAGCUAAACAAGUGAGUGGAGCAAUAUGAAAGUUCUUCUCAAAGGGAGGGGAAAUUAUAAUCUCCAUGUUAAAAAUAUUUCAAGCUAAGGUGAUAUGACAAAUGUAUGGCUUAGAGAUAUGGAGAAUAAAAUUUAUGCUAAAUCAUUGGAUGCAAUACGGAACAAUUUUUUGUGAAUAUUAUUAGGUUGUCCUCCAGGGACCCCAGCCUCUAUCCUUCUCACAGAGGUGGGUUGGCCCUUCAUUGAAGUGAGGAUACGGGUAGCACAUUUGAAGUACCAUAAACGGAUGUACAUGUUAAUGGAAGGUGACUAAUAAAACAAGAAUAUUUUCUUCCAAAGACUCAGGGGAAUCCAAUUGAUUCUAUCCAAAAUUUAAUGCAAAAAUAUAAGUUGCCAGAUUACUUUUGGGCUGUUUUAGAUAAAAAAGAAUUAAAGGUUAGCUUACGUGAAGAACAAGCUAUAGAGGACAGGAGGCUGAUGCAGAAAUCCAAAUUCCCCAAUGAUACCGCCUCUUUAAAAAGGAUCACUAAAGAGCCGGAUGCUUAGAAGAACUGACAAUGUUCCCCCUCCACAGGGCUUUUCUAGAAUUACAUUUACACAUCAUGCCUUCAGGUAUGCUGGAUGGCAUAUACAGAAAGCUUCCAACUUCCCAACAGAUCCGACGGCCCAAGGAAAAUCCUGGAAAAUAUCUUGUUUAGCCUAUCAACCUAUUCUGAAUUUAAGAUUAUUUGUUUUCUUUUAGAUGUUUACCCAUAUAUACCCUACAGAACAGCACUAUUUGCUCUAGCUGCAAGGAAACUGAGCAGAAAGAGUUAGUGAAAUGUGACAGACUAUGGUUAAGAGUUCUAAGAGUGUCUCCUUUUAGUUUAAAUCAGAUUUGCUAUAUUGUGUUAAAAUAUUUUUAAAAUUACACUGGAUUUUAAAUUUGUUGGAGAGCCAGUUUGGUGUAGUGGUUAAGGUGUUGGACUAUGACCUGAGAGACCAGGGUUCAAAUCCCCACAUAGCCAUGAAGCUCACUGGGUGACCUUGGGCCAGUCACUGCCUCUCAGCCUCAUGUAAACCCUAUUCAUAGGGUUGCCAUAAGUCAGAAUCGACUUGAAGGCAGUAUAUAUAUUUUUAAAUUUUGUUAUUUUAACAUGUAUUUUUAUUCUGUAGUAUUUAAUGGAGCACUUUUAAUAUUGUUAAGGCCAAUGGCUAGUACAAUUAAAAUUAUUCAUUCAUUCAUUCCAGUGUUCAGUUGGUAAUGUAUUUCAGGUGUUCUUUUUAUGACAACAUUGACAAUAACUGAAAUUAAACGAGCCUGUGAACUUUUU